AUGGAGUAUUGGUGCACAGUUACGCGACCUUUUGUGACAAUCCUACUUUUUUGUGAAGUCUCAGAACCCAAAGAUUUAUGGGAUAGGCAUUGGAAAGACUUAUCAGAUGAUAUCCUCUUCCGACAACGUCAAAGGCUGGGUAUUCCAAACCUAAGUUUGACUGAAGAACAAAUUCAAAACUAUGCACGGUUUGAAAUAGAACAAAUCUUAAACAAGGAAAACAGAACCCUCACCGACUACCACGGAAUUCCAUUACCAGAUGCGGCCCUAAUGCAAGAUGCUGGAAACAGAUUGUUGUUGGAAGAGCUAACAUAUGCCACUGAAUCAAUGACUCAAGAUUCAGCUGAUCUGGAACAAGGCUUGAAUGCUGAGCAAAAACAAGUGUAUGAUAGCAUCCUUGAAGCUGUCUACGAUAACAGAGGUCAAAUCUUCUUUGUCUAUGGUAGCGGGGGCACCGGCAAGACUUAUUUAUGGAGAGCGUUAAUGUCCAAGCUACGCUCUCAAAACAACAUAGUACUUGUAGUAGCAUCAUCUGGCAUAGCAGCACUCCUAUUAGUUGGUGGGAGGACACCUCAUUCCCGAUUCAAGAUACCCAUUGAUCUCAACAACGACUCGUGCUGCAACAUUGAGCAAGGAUCUGAUCUCGCAGAACUCAUACGGCAAACAAAACUAAUAAUAUGGGAUGAGGCCCCGAUGGUACAUAGGCAUGCAUUCGAAGCAUUAGACCGUACAAUUCGAGAUAUAAUGCAACUAUAUGACCCAUCAGCAAAGGAUAAAAUAUUUGGAGGCAAAACACUCGUCUUAGGAGGGGAUUUCCGGCAAACACUGCCAGUUGUCCAAAAUGGAGGCAGAGAAGAAAUAGUUGAUGCAUCGAUUAGCAAAUCGACAACCAUAUGGCACAAUGUACUGUCUACACCUUGA